AUGGCAAAUGGAGGUUUUCCUUUUCAAAUGCCGAUGCUCACAAAGAACAACUAUGAUAAUUGGAGUAUCAAGAUGAAGGCGCUACUAGGAUCUCAAGAUGUGUGGGAUGUCGUUGAGAAAGGCUUCAAGGAGCAAGUAGAAGCCUCACUAAGUCAAGAUACUUUUGAGAAGAUAUCCAACGCAACGACGGCCAAAGAAGCAUGGGACAAGCUUCAAACUUGCAACAAAGGAGUUGAGCAGGUAAAAAAGAUUCGUCUUCAAACUCUUAGAGGUGACUUUCAAUGCUUAUUUAUGGAGGAUUCCGAGUCAAUUUCUGAUUAUUUUUCUCGAGUAUUGGCCGUAGUCAAUCAACUUAAAAGAAAUGGUGAAGAUGUUGAUGAUGUGAAAGUCAUGGAGAAAAUACUUCGCACUUUAAAUCCAAGUUUUGACUUCAUUGUUAUCAACAUUGAAGAAAACAAGGAUUUAAAGACCAUGACCAUUGAGCAACUCAUGGGUUCCUUACAAGCAUAUGAAGAAAAACAAAAGAGAAAAACUAAACAAAAGGAGACUAUAGAGCAACUACUACAACUCAACAUAAAGGAAGCAAACUAUGUAAACUACAAGAACCAAAGAGGACGAGGUCGUGGCCAAGAUCGUGGACGUGGAUGA